AUGCAGGCCGACCUUGCUGGCUUCCAUGCCAGGCCGACCUUCAAACGGACCCGCAACAACUGUCUUCGCCAUGCCCAUCGCAAGCCUCCGUUCGCACGUCCCGUGGCAUUCGGGUCUCCAAUCCAGCCGUUAGACCGCAGCAGUCUAUGGACCAGCUCGGCACUUUGGACCGUUGAAAGCGUCCUUGUGAACUUGCGGCGCAAGCGGUUUGAGCCCAAGACCGUGGAGCGCGUGUAUGAGGCGGACGUCUACCCGGCGGUGUUUGACUUUGCCUCCUGGACUCAGCACCGCUCCCGGGGCCGCUACUUGGAGCACUGCAUCACGCUGUUCCGCUCGUAUUUUUUCCGGGACUUGCUGGGCCCGCUGCUGGUGCUGGUGGGCGCGGCGAUGACGGUGGCAUCGUAUGAGACGGCGCUGCAGACGGGCCUGCUACCCCGCUGGCUCCCCGACUUUGGGGGCAGUUCUGACACGCCCUUCCAGCUGACCAGCUUUGCGCUGUCGCUGAUGCUGGUCUUCCGAACCAACUCCAGCUACGCCCGCUGGCUGGAUGCCCGGCAGCAGUGGGGCCUUAUCGUCAACACGGCCAGGACGUUUGUGCGGCAGGUCAUGACCACGUUGCCGGAGACCAGCUGUUGCGAAGUGCGUUCCGCGUUGGCGCGCUGGACAGUGGCCUUUGUACGGCUGGGCAAGUUGCACCUUCGGGAACACGGCGACGUGGGGGCGGAGGUGCAGGGUCUGCUGGACGGCGAGGAGGUGCCUCUGGUGCUGGCCGCCUCCCACCGCCCCCUGGCGGCAUGUCACGUGAUGAGCGGACUGCUGAGGUCGGCAGAGGGGUCGGGGCAGCUGUCCGAGCAGGCCCGAAUGAGGCUGGAAGCCGACAUAAACCUUAUGUCGCAGGCGCUGGGGGCGUGUGAAAAGAUUCUCCGCAACCCCAUUCCUCUGUCCUACACCCGCCACACCUCCCGCUUCCUCAUCCUGUGGCUGCUGUGGCUGCCCCUGGCUCUGUGGGGCAAGGUGGGCUGGUGUGUGGUCCCCGUGGAGGCCGUGAUGACCUACCUGCUGCUGGGCAUCGACGAGAUCGCCGUCCAGAUGGAGGAGCCCUUCGGUGGGAGCGGCCUGGGCGGGGCGGGGCGGUCGGCGGCAUCCUGCCGCUGGAAAACAUGUGUGAGGCUGUACAACAAUCCGUGGAGCAACUGA